UGGCAUAUUGGUAAUAUCAUGCUCGCGACUUUUUAUAACCGGGGGGUUUGGAGAUGGGGCCUCCGAAUUUGGAAUCUCAGCAAGGCGGAGAGCAGUUUGAUCGCUGGGGAGUUCUAGUUUGAUCGGCUGUUUCAGGAGUUUUAGGAAACUAAGAUGGGAGUUCUAAAGGGAGCAAUUAACUGUCUCCUUGAUAUUCAUGCAAACUCUGGAAUAUCUGGUUCUGUUAUCACUAAUCACAACACAAAGUCUGUGGCUAUUCAAGGUGGAGGUUUGGGAUACAGAUCUAGAUGCAAAAACAUACUUCAUGUUGGUGGCAUAUCUCUGAAAUCUUCGGGUAAGAAACAGUGGUGCAUUCAUUGUAGUUUCAGUUCCUCUUCUGAUGGUAAUGGAAGCAUGGCUGGCAAUUUCAAUGCAAAUGAUGAGGAGUAUGUAAACUCUUCUGUGAUAGAAGCUGUUCAGGUUAGAAGCGAAUCAGAUGGAUUUAUGAUAAAAAUGCGUGAUGGUAGAUACUUAAGAUGCAUACACAAUAGCCCCCAAGGUGGGAGCUCACUAGACUAUGCUCCUCAUCCUGCAAUUGUGUUGAAGAUGGAAGAUGGAAGUGAUCUUCUGCUUCCUAUUAUCGUUAUGGAAAUGCCGAGUGUGUUGCUGAUGGCUGCAAUUCGGAAUGUUCCAAUUGCUAGGCCAACUUUUUAUCAAGUUGUCAAAAUGAUGAUUGAAGAGCUGGGGUGGGUGGUUCAAGUUGUUAGGGUCACCAAGAGAGUGAAUGAGGCUUACUUUGCUCAGCUGUACGUCUCAAAGGUAGGAAAUGAAAAGGAGACUAUUAGCUUUGAUUUGAGACCUUCUGAUGCCAUCAAUUUGGCUGUUCGUUGCAAGGUGCCCGUACAAGUCCACAGACAUCUUGCCUAUACUGAUGGGAUGCGAGUUGUGGAGCCAAGCAAGCCAGUAAUGCAGGCUCCUCCUUUAGAUGGAAUGCUGUUUAUGGAACUUGAUAGACCUGAUGGUCAGCCUUGCAUGGAGACAGAAGAGUUCGGGUUGAUACAGAACAUGUUGAACGCCGCUAUUGAGGAACGUUACAAAGAUGCUGCUCAGUGGAGGGACCAGCUUCUUCAGCUCAGGAAGAAAAAGAACUGGACAUGAUAGCUAUCAACCGGGAUGUAUAUAGAUGGCGUAAACACUCCAUAAAACUGUGAUUUUCUGCCUGCAUAUAUUUAAUGUAAGUAAUAGUAGGAAUCUUGUGAAUAUGGCUCUAGCAUUUAAGUCCAUGGUGGCAGCAUUUGCCAGUUCAUAUGUCAGUGUGUAUAUGGAAACCGACUAGCAGGAGAUAAUGGGUUUUGACGAAUUAAUUAAAGACACCAACUAAACCCUUAGUUCA